UCCAGUCAACAAAAAAAACUUAAUAGAACAUUUUUAAGGUUAUGUUUAUGUUUUCCUAAACAAAAUAAAAUAACAGCUGUUAUCUGGAAUACUAAUGAUAACAAUAUGUCGAAAACACCAAUUAAAACGGACUCCAAUUGCAACUUCAUACCAAGAGAGAUUACAACCCCUAAUAAAGAUCACCAGGGGGUGUCCAAGACGGUACAUUCUCAUGUCUCUAAACUGCACGGAUUAUUAAAUGACUGGAUUAAAAUACGGGAUAAAGGAGUGAGGUUAUGUAGAGCAAUUUCUGCGUUGAAGUUGCACGAGUGUGAUGAUGAUUAUUAUCCGAGCCAACUUAAACAGUUAAUGGAAGGUCUUUUAGACGCCUUGGACGGUUUGAAGAAUGUUGUUGAUGGUGUCAAAAUUCUGAAUAAUCAACUACAAGCUUUAGCAAAGUUGCAACCAAGUGAUGAGCCAGUCAUCAACAGUUGGCCAGUCAAGAAAAUAUCGCAAUCGGUUAUGAAAAUUUUCGAAUCCCUUGAGAAAGAGUACAGGCUGAAGCAGAUUGUUACAGAAAACGUGGCACACAGUCGUGAUGAGAAAUUGAUAGAGGUGUACGUCAGUGCGUGGGAAUUCGAAGCUUACUUCAGUCUUGAGUCCUUUGCCUACCUUUUUGCUGAAGUCGGUCUAGCCGGCGUCACGUAACUCGUUGUUAAAAUAUUUAUUUAUGUUUUAUACAUUUUUAUUCAAGUAUCAAAAGUAAUGUUUGUGUGUAAUAAAUUGUUUUA